UCGCCACCUAAUUUGCCAGAAUCACACCAGUAAAGAUGUCGGACUGCGAGAGUGACAUCGUUCCCUUCAACAAUGAACGUAAAAUAGAAAGUUCCCAUAAACGAACAACAUCGACAGGCAAACGCAAGACACCCACAAAAUCUGCUAUUAUAAGCAAAAAAAAUAAGACAGAUAUAUUCGGGCUCCGACAUGAACGGAACGAUGAAUGUGAUGGCUCGUCAACGCCUGUGUUGUCUACGUUCUUCGUUACAAGAUUAGCAAACGGCAACGAGCGCCGGACUGCAAACACCUCCGGCGAGUACUAUAUUGACCUCAAGGUGUAUCAAACUAAUGACGCUCGUGAAACAGACUCUCAAGAACUAUGGAGGAAAGCGCUACUUCGAUUAAAACUCCAGACUGACGGUGACACCAUCCAGUGGCGUAAACUCCAAGCGUUCGUGCAGUCUGCAGAUGAGCUGUUUAUGAAGCCGCCAACGUUUUAUUCGUCUAAUGCAUAAGAUCAAUUACUUGUGUCAUAUUUUAAAUACAAUUUAAUCAAUAUAUUAUUACACUUUUAGUUUGUUUUUUAUUAUGUGCCUUGCGAUGAAAAAGCAUACUGCGUACCAGUCUGUGUUAUAGACGAUUGUACCAGUUGUGAGCGCGCAAUAGCAUAUUUAAAAUACAAACAUUGCCUGU